AUGGUGAACUCGCGAACCUGCUGGCCGGCGGUGGCCUUGGUGGUGAUGGUGUCCGUCGGUGCCGUGUCCUGCGCCUCGAUCGCCUCGAACCUCGUCGAGGAGCGGCCGAGGAUCGCGAGCAGCGAGGAGCUGCUGUCGUCGAUCGUGAACGAGUGCUUCGCCGACUCGUCGGUCAUGGGCUGCCUGAAGGGCAAGGUGCUGCUGUAUCUGGACGGAGUGCUCGGGCUGCGGGAGGAGCAGGCUCGCGCCUUCGACGAGACCAACAUCGACAAGGUGAUCUUCGAUCGGGUCGGCCGCGUCCUGUCGACGCACGAGUUCCGCGUCCAGCUACCGGAAGACACCGUCGUGAGCUACCGCGCCGACAAGGGCCUCGACAUCGACGUAGUUCCGGCUGGACUCGCCACCGAAGAAGCCCGUGGCCAUUUACUGAAGAAGAAACUCCUGCUUCCAGUGUUGCUGCUGCUCAAGCUGAAGAUGAAGGCGCUGAUGCCGAUCUUCCUCGGACUGAUUGGGCUGAAGGCGAUGAAGGCGCUUAUCCUGUCCAAGCUCGCCAUCACGCUGGUGCUCGGCUUCCUGGUCGCGCAGCUCGUGAAGAAGUCCGGCCUCGGUAUGCCGAUGUCGAUGAUGCCGAUGAUGCCGCCGGCCGCCGAGUACGGUGCGCCCGUCCCGCCCACCUCCACGCCGGCCUCCAGCUACGACCCGUCCGCCUGGGACCCGCAGCCCGGUGGACCGUACUCGCGCCAGUGGGAGCCGUCCACCUCCGGAUCGUCGCACAACCUCGCCUACAGCUCGUACUACCCGAGCUCGAGCGGCUCGAGCACCGGCUACAGCUCCGGUUCGUCCUCGGCGUCCGGUAUCUCCGGCUUGGGCUCCUCCUCCUCCUCUCCCUCGUCCUCUUCUUCCUCGUCCUCCUCUUCGUCCUCCUCCUCAUCGAACGCUGCCCACGCCUAUUAG